CUUAUCAGAAUACAGGUGUGUAAAAAUAACUCGUUUGACGGUGUUUAGUUGGACCGCAAGUGGAUGCAAUUUGUAUUGGAGAUGAGUUUUGAGUGGCCUUGGCAGUAUAAUUUCCCCCCAUUUUUCACGCUCCAGCCCAAUGUUGACACGAGACAGAAGCAGCUGGCGGCCUGGUGCUCACUGGCACUCUCAUACUGCCGCCACCGGAAACUCUACACUGUGGAUGUCCUGGAGGUGCAGGAGAGCCCCAUGUUUAACAACAAGAAGAUCGAGAGAAAACUUUCUGUCGAGGCCAUACAAGUUGUCUUUGAGGAACUGAGGAAAAAAGGGAACCUGGAAUGGAUGGAUAAAAACAAAACGCGCUGUUUGAUCAUGUGGCGAAGACCUGAAGAGUGGGGCAAGCUGAUUUAUCAAUGGGUGUCUAAAAAUGGCAUGGUCAACUCAGUGUUUACACUUUAUGAGCUUUCUAAUGGCAAUGACACAGAAAGUGAAGAGUUCCAUGGGCUGGAGGAGUGGAUGCUACUGCGUGCACUGCAGGCCCUGCAGGCUGAAGGCAAAGCAGAGAUCAUCACAAUGGAUGAUGGAAAAGGAGUCAAAUUCUUCUGAUGGAAGAAAUGACUUCUUUUGGACAGUGUUGAGAUGUUUUAAGCCCAACCGUUUUUUUUGUUUUUGUUUUUUUAAUCUAUUGGGCUCAGCGCUCUGGUGGAUAGGCUUUAGGGUUUGGAUUUCUAGACACAGAUUAAGUAGGAUUUUCAAAUGCAGAAUCCUACAAACCAAAACACACACACACACACACACAAAAUCUUAAGCUGUGACCGGAAAACCAACCCAAAGCUCAUAUGACUCCAUUACUUAAUUGCUGCAUUGAAAGUCAUUAUUGUGUUGAUAAACCUUAGUUUUCCUUGUUGGAACUAUUCUGAAUUGGUGAUUUUACACCUGACAAACUGAAGAUGACUUACAAGCCUGUUCAGUGAAUUUGACAUAGGAUUUCACUUGCAAUGCAAAUAGCUGAAAAUUCAGUCAACUGCUAUGGCAUAUCAGAAAUUUUUUUUUUUUGAGUCAACUGGUCAGUCUGACUUUUUUUCUUUUCGUGCUGAAAAUACUGGCAGACUCAUUCUACUUGAAUAUUUCUGAUGCGUGAUGCCACAAAACCUAAAAUUGACUGGGAUUCAACCUGAUGCUUCAUUUCCAAGACACAUGAAGAUACAAACUAGUUGUCUUUAUGCCAUUUGUGUUGGUUUGGUUGCUGAAACUUUCCAGUAGCACUAUUUCUCUUGUCUGUAUCUCUCUUCAACCACCUUUUAUAUCAUGAUUAUACUGUACAAAUAAAUAUUAAAGGUUUUAUUUUCUCUUGUG